GCGUAGGGGAGGACAGCGGGAGGGAGAAUCACAAGACGCGAAGAGAGAGAGAGAGAGAGAGAGAGAGACACACACACACACACACAUACGGGGAGCGAGUCGAUGCACAUACAGCGCAAGGCUCGCAUUGCAAGUCUUCUUUUUUGUUUUGUGCAAUCCCACCGCAACGAUGUGCAACUGACAGCGGCGGCGCUGCGCCAUUGCGUUUCUACACGUUAAGCGGGUUCCGUUUCCGACCGGGAAGGACUCGUAUUCACGCAUCGACCCCGCCGUUCAUCUUCACUGUAUCGCGUGGAACGAGGGAGGGAGGGAGCCACGGGGGAGAAAGUACCAGGGAGUGAGGUCAGCGGCAUAUCAUGAGUCAACCUCGGGGAUGUAUGCAGUCAUCCCCGCAUGUCGGUAUCGUGCGGGCCUGCUGCUGCUGCUGCUGGCCGCGCAAAGCCGCCGGUGCGCGAUCCUGCGGACCGAGCUGCCGCUCGUAGCCGCUUCCACCUCGAACACAGGUGUUGCCCAUGAAUGACAAAAGCAGACGGACUCCUUUAGAUCUGCUCACCCCAGGACCUCGGAGUGGGCGACGAAUGACUUCAGAGGGGAAGAGGAGAUUAUCUUCGUACUGAUGGCGAUGUAGUUUACAGCUUUACUUCACAACUUCUUUUUUUUGGGUGGAUGGGAAGGGAUUCAUAUAUUCAAGUGUAAUUGAAACCCGGUUUGGUCGAGAACCUUCUCCUGGCUCGGCUUCUUCAUGCCCGUCAUGAGCGUACCAGCCCAGCAGAAACCCAGCGCCAAAAGAACCGGAAAACGCAUCACGUUUUUCAACGAGCAAAGCAUAGCGAUGAAGGAGACUUCGCAGCACCCUGAGGAGUCCUACUAUAUCCCAGGGGGCCCUACCCCGGACCCCGGACAGAGCGAGGCUGCAAGUACUGUGACCUCCAAUCCAGAAGCCCCCCACAUGUACCUGAACUCUGUCAUCUUCAGCCCGGACAAGGGGGACCAGAACAGGGGUCAUUAUCAGCAGACUGUGCCUAUGAAAUGGGCCCACCAGGAACCUAGUCAGCAGCAGCCAUCGCUGUCCCAGCAGCAGAGAGCUGCCUCGUGGAAUACCAUGUCCAACUGGGGACAGAACUUUGCUAAUUACAUCGGGGGAGUCAACGUUACGGACUCAAGAACCCAGAACUCGUUUGGGAAGUCGAUGCACGAAGCGUCCGGCUUACAGCCGCACCAACAGCCUCCGAGCAGAGCUGCGGACAAGCAGCCACUGGGGCCAAACCCCGCAGUGGACGCGUACAGGGAUGCGGUUAAGGUGCGGGGACUGGACUGGGAGCAGCAGCAGUCCCAGGCCUUUCAGGAGACCUUGAAACCGGGGGCGCUGAACCCGCAGCAGCACAGCGCCUCCCAUCCGGGAGGAAGCUCGGUAUUGCAGCCCUUCCAGUUGGCCUUUGGUCAGCCCAAGCAGCACCUGCCAGCGUACUACCAGACCUUUCAAGGCAACAGGACAACCCUCCCUAACCCGCCUAACUACUCGACGCAUGCGAAACCCCCGCACCAGCUGCAGCAGCAAGAGCAAAUACAACGCCAGCAACAACAACAACAACAGCAACAACAACAUCAAAUACUCCAGCAGCAAAUUCAGCAGCAGCACCAUCAACAAAUGCAGCAGCAACAAAUCAUUCAGCAUCAACACAAUGUGCAGCAGCAGCUUCAGCAGCAGCAACAAAUCCAGCAUGAGCAGCAGCAACAAAAGAUUCAGCAACAACAGCAGCAGCAGCUUCAAAUUCAGCAGCAAAUGCAACAUCAGCAGUUGCAACAACAAAACCCUCACGCGCUCGACUUUUACCCCGGCCCCCAAAAUGCACACUCGCACCCGCAGCCCGUGGUGGUGCAGCACUCCCUGGAGUCCUCGGCUCCAGCUCCCCCACAGGUCCAGGAGCCGAUAAUCCAGGACGUCACCCCGGAACCCCAGCAGCCCUCGGAUCUGCUGCUGCCACCGACGCUGCACCCAGAGGCACCGUCCGAGUCCCGGCCCCCGGCGCAGGCGCAGCCUCGCCGGUCGCGGCGGCUCUCAAGGGAGGACGGCGCGCCGUCGGACAACCCCUUUCUCUCCGUCCCGUCAGACCAGGCUUCCCCGGGGGCGCCGGGAUCUCAGAACGGCGCCCGGGACGUCCAGCCGGCCCCGACGGGCGUCAUCCAGAGCACGCGGAGGAAACGCAGGGUGUCCCAGGAGGUCAACCUGGAGACUCUCGCCCAGAAGGCCUCAGAAAUGGAGUCUCUGCCGCCGCAUAUUGUAAAGGAUCCCCACAGGCCGUGGAGUCCCACAGGGACCGGGGGUCUGAGCGCCAAGCGGCCUCGGGACGACAGCCUGCUGCCGCUCGUCAUCCCCGUGUCGGUCCCGGUGCGGAGGCAGGAGCCCUCCUCUCCCGACAGAGACGAGGCGGCCCGGGCCUCCGACUGGCCCCACAGGCCCUCGAACCCGCUGAACCUCGGCCGCGCCGACCACAAGCCCUCGGUCAUCGUGACCCGGAGACGCUCACUCAGGAACCCCUUGUCGGAGAGCUCAGAGCAGAAUGGAAGAACCGAAGGGGAGAGAGACGAUGACGCUAAAAAGUCCAAGCGGCGUCCGCGGCCCGAGCCCCUUUUCAUCCCGCCGCCCAAACCGGGUCUAUUCAUCAACCCGCCCUUCUACUCGAGCAUCACGCCCUACCAGAGCCACCUACGGUCCCCCGUGCGCCUCGCCGAGCACCCUCUCUCCAUCCCCCCCUACACGCCACCGCCAAUCCUCAGUCCGGUCCGCGAGGGCUCCGGCCUCUACUUUUCCACCUUCCUGUCCUCCGCCGCCGGCGGCCUGGGCCUGGGCCUGGCGCCUCCGGCGACGCCCAAGUCGGCAACGCGCAGCCUGUUGCGCUCAAGCAGCUGCGACAUCACACCGCCAGUUUUGUCUGCUAUGAUCGAGGCGACUCCAGUCAGCAUAGAGCCACGCAUAAAUAUUGGGUCGCGGUACCAGGCCGAGGUGCCCGAGCUGAGGCGGCGGUCAGCUGUUGAGCUGGAUCAUCAUCAAGCGGAGCUGCUCUGGGCGCCGCUGAAGGAUCUGGAGGAAAAGCCGGACUUCCAGCAGAGAGUGGAAGCCCUCAUGCACCUGGCCUGCUCCAGUGUUUUGUGUGGAGGAGGCACCAACCAGGAGUUAGCCCACCAUUGUCUGUACGAGUGCAAAGGGGAGAUAAUGGCUGCUCUGGCCCUCCUGAUGCUGAGGAAUCCAGUUUUCCCCGGGUCUCAUAACCUCACAAACUACCACUACUCAGGAUCAGACAGCUGGAGCGCAGCUGAGCGACGGCAGUUCAACAAAGGCAUCGCCACAUACAAGAAGGACUUCUUCAUGGUGCAGAAACAGGUGACCACGAAGUCAGUGGCGCAGUGUGUGGAGUUUUACUACACGUACAAGAAACACGCCAAGAUGGGCCGCCACGGGAUGCUGAUCUACGGCGAGUUGGAGCCUCUCGACAGCAAGACCACGGAGGAGGAGACGGACCACAAGCAGGGCUAUCACAGAUUGGAGCCACAGAGGGAGGAGGACAGCAGGAAGUGGGAGGGGUCAGCUGACAGGAAGCCGGAUGUCGGCCCCGCCGUGGCGGCGCACACACUGCAGUCCGCUGAGAAUCCGGGGAGCGUCCUGAUCAUGAAGGGCCAGGAGGACGUCGGGAGGGAGCAGCUGCUGUCCCGGGUGGCCCAGCCCCCUGCACCCCCGCCUCCCAGCUCCAAAUCUCGCUGCGACGCCAACGCGCGUAAAACCAGCCCGCCGACGGGCAACAAGGCCCCUGCUGGUCAGGAGGGAGAGUUCCCCUGCAAGAAAUGUGGCAGGAUUUUCUACAAGGUGAAGAGCCGCAGCGCCCACAUGAAGAGCCACGCCGAGCAGGAGAAGAAGGCGGCCGCGCUGCGGCAGAAGGAGGCCGAGGAGCGAGCGGCCAAAGCGGCCACCGAUGCCGCCGCCGCCGCGGCCCUCGCCGCGCGGCAGCUCAACGGGACGAGACAGAUGGCCGAGGACAGCACCAACGACGACGACGACUCGUCGGACGGUGAGGACGAUGACGACGAGGACUGGCAGUGAGGGAGAGGGCUGCGCGCUGACUGCACUGCGGGGGGGCGGCGGCAUUUAAAGAAAAAGAAAGAAGGAUCCUUCCUGUGAACAUUGUUAGUGGAACAAGGGGACUUGGGUUGCACAUUCAGGGAUACAUUUACUCCUGUGUGCUUGUGACUGACUGACGGUGUGCAACAGUGGGUUUGUACGUGCUUUUCCUAACGCUCCCUUUACUCUGCUUGAAGAGCAGCUUUUCGCCUCCCUUGGUCACAGGGCUCAAAUCAAAGCCAUCUCUCCGGCUCCUCGGAGCCUUUUCUAGCCGCUCGCGAUGAAGCGCAGCGCCUGAGCUGCUUUCCAGUGGGAUCUGUUUGAUGUGAACACUGAACAGCUGGGGGGGGGGGGCAGCAGCGAGUUUCUCUGCUCUGGGACAGACAGGCAGACGGGUGGGAUGUGCAAACUGUAGCUCUUUCCCGUUUUGACGCAGUCAAAGCGGCCAGCAAGCUUUCUGGGACGCGUGAUGUGCACCAAAUGAGCCCCCCCUCUGUGAGCGUUGUUCUUUUGGGUUUUUAGUUCUGUGAACCCCCCCCCCCCCUGUCAGUGUCAUUUUUAUAUAGUUCCCAGUUUGUUCCUCACUGUUGAUGCCUUGGAUGUUGUAAUGCUUUUUAUCUUAAAAUGACAAUCAAUUUUACACUGUUGUUUUUUUAUUAUAUAAUAUAUAAACAGGUAAACGUUACUUUUAUUUCCUGUGCUAUAUAUGGUUAUUGUUGUUUUUGUGAAUAUUCCUGUUGAUUAUUAUUAUUAUUAUAUCAUUCUGGUCUGGGCUGCAAUUCAAUUAAGCGCUAUUCUCUUUCUUGUCCAUAGCAUUUUUUUCUUCUUUCUACCGUUCUUCUUUUUAUUUAAACAGAAAAACAAAAAACAAUGCUAAUUGCUGCCUGUUUAUAACUGUGACAUCUUCUUGGAAGCCAGAAAUGAAGACAUGUAUGUGCAAUAGAACGAUUAGACCCCCUGUUACCAGCGCUUGCGAGGCCCCCCCCCUCCCUCCCUCCCCUCCUCCCCCAUGCUUACCACUCUCGGGAUGCCUUGUUGUCAACCCUGUAGGAGGUACUGACUCGGUCACAGAAGAAUUCAAGACGUGUUUUUGAAAAUGAUAUCAGGCAGAUGACGUGACCACUACCCUGAAGGUUUAGCUCCAGUAAACGAUGAGAAAAACAUUAAGACAUCAACAACAAUCAGCAGAAUCCCCCUGUGAACCAAACUGAAACCUCUUGUGGGAUUAUUAAGGAGAUUUUAAAUAACGACAAAUUACUUAAUAUCAGUUUUUUUUUUAGAUACACCAGAUAUCAAACUGUUUACAAAAAACCCUAAGCUAUAGAAUCUUUAUUUUCUGCAAAACGUGCAGUUUUUGAGGGCUGUUAUGAGAAUGAUACACAUUCACAACUAUAAAUUCCCAAUCUGCUGAUAUUCGGGGACUCUAAAUUGAAAACUAGUAUGCCAGGAGUGUAUUGGAGUGGAGUCUGUCUUGUGUUUGGAUUGUUGUGACACUGACACGCUCUGUCGAAACCGCGGCUAUGUGGGUCAGCGGUUUACUGGGGGCCAGCGUGACUCAGCAACAAACCGCAAAAAGCAACUGGGCCAACAUGGUAAACAUUUCAAAGCAGUUCGAGGUGAAUUCAGAACGUCUGAGAUGGACAAACUGUAAAUAUCUGGCGUGUGUCUGUGGUCGACUUUUGUUUCUGUGAUUUUGUCUGCCGUGUCUCUACGUUUCGCCCGUCGGCCCGGAGCCAGCUUCUGUUGUCACAGCAACAAGUGGGUUAAAGGGUUAUUUUCCUUUAAAGGACAAACCGGGGGGUGU